CCCAACUAAAACAAGACUGUCAAUUUCUCAAAGCUCGUAAAAGACUUGGCAAAAUAAAUCUGAGGCAUUCAUUCUCCUGACAAGCUGCCAGAGUCUGCAGAACUUACUUUCACACUGGCAUCUUUUCUGCCCUUGAUGUCAUGUGCAAAACACGAGGAUUUAUGCUGUGCUAAUCCCUCUAAUGAGGGCUUCUCACAGCUUCUAUAUAAACCCUGCUCAAAGCUGUGGCUGCUCGGCAGGCACCACAGAGUCAAAGCACCUUUUGAACUGCAUUCAAGGCAAUUAAGAGACUGGGAUUAAGCAAACACCCAACACCAGCAUCCUCAGGAGUGAGAGGGAUUACCCUGGUUGGCCAGGGCACGUUGCUGUAGCAAGGCCAGGUUGUCCCACGGCAGAGAUAUCCCUGCUCCGCUCACUCAGGUCCAGUGGAAAGGCAGAACCUGCAUCCAGCUGUAAUGGGCAUCCUGAGGUGGCUGUUCUGGGCUGGGCUGGGCUACUUGAGCUGCUGCUGUCCCGCACAGGCACAGUUUCCUCGUGUCUGCAUGACGGUGGAAGCCCUUCGCUUGAAGCGCUGCUGCCCAGCCUUGGGGACGGAGCCAAGAAACAUCUGCGGGUCCCUGCAGGGCAGGGGACGGUGUGAAGGGGUGCAGGCAGACACUCAGCCCUGGAGUGGCCCCUACACCCUUCAAAAUGUGGAUGACCGGGAACGGUGGCCCCUGAAGUUCUUCAAUCAUAGCUGUCGGUGCACAGGAAACUUUGCUGGCUACAACUGUGGUGACUGCAAGUUUGGCUGGACUGGCCCUGAAUGCAACACGAGGAAGCCAGCAGUUGUCAGGAAGGAUGUCCACUCCCUGACAGCAGAGGAGAGAGAGCAGUUCUUCGAUGCUCUAGACCGUGCAAAGACAACCAUUCACCCGGACUACGUCAUUGCAACUCAGCACUGGAGAAGUCUGCUUGGUCCAACCGGAGAGGAACCGCAAAUUGCCAACUGUAGUAUUUAUAACUACUUUGUUUGGCUUCAUUACUACUCAGUCAGAGACACGCUAAUGGGUCCUGGCCGCCCCUUCAAAGGUAUUGAUUUCUCCCAUCAAGGACCUGCCUUUGUCACCUGGCAUAGGUACCAUUUGCUGUUGCUGGAGAGAGACCUGCAGCGACUGACGGGCAACGACUCCUUUGCGCUGCCCUACUGGAACUUCGCCACGGGUAGAAAUGAGUGUGACAUCUGCACGGACCAGCUCUUUGGAGCAUCGCGGCCUGAUGACCCAGGGCUGAUCAACCAGAGCUCCAGGUUCUCCCGCUGGCAAGUGAUUUGUAACAGCUUGGACGACUACAACCGCCUGGUCACGCUGUGCAAUGGGACUGAUGAAGGGCCACUGCGGCGGAGGCUGCCCAGGGGCUCCAGUGAGCAGCUGCCCACCGCGGAGGAUGUCAGGAAGUGCCUCUCCCUGCAGGAGUUCGACAGGCCCCCCUUCUUCCGCAAUUCCAGUUUCAGCUUCAGGAAUGCGCUGGAGGGCUUCGAUAAACCAGAUGGAGCCCUGAACUCGUCAAUGCUGAGCCUUCAUAACUUGGCUCACUCCUUCCUGAAUGGGACCAGUGCUCUUCCUCAUGCAGCUGCCAAUGAUCCCAUCUUUGUGGUUCUUCACUCUUUUACUGAUGCCAUCUUUGAUGAGUGGAUGAAGCGUUUUAAGCCCCAUGAAAAUGCCUGGCCUGACGAGCUGGCCCCGAUCGGUCACAACCGACUGUACAACAUGGUCCCAUUUUUCCCUCCUGUGACCAACGAUGAGCUCUUCCAGACUGCGGAGCAGCUUGGCUACACCUAUGCCAUUGACCUGCCAGGUUCCCUUGAAGAAACCCAAGCCUGGGCUAUCAUGGUUGGAUCUACAAUUGGAGGAGCACUUCUAGCUCUGAUGGUGCUUGUACUGCUGCUUGUGCUUUUCCAGCACCGAAGGCAGAGAAGAGGUUUUGAACCACUGAUGAAUGUGAGCUUCAGCCCCAAAAAGUACAUGGGAGAGGCCUAGUACCCUCGCUCUGUGUCUUUGCUCUUUCUUUUAGCAAGUGACCUUGAUUGACUUACUGAGAUCUUAGCUGAGACUUUAUCACACACCUCUUUGGCAGCUGACUAAAUUGUUCUCAUUCAGGUUAUUCUCUUUAUCUUGUGAAUUGUAAUGUGUGAAGUCUCUGGGUACAUAAGAGCAAGGCCCAAGACAAGCUAGAUUUUUCUCACUACUAAAUGUUAUUUGGAGUGUGUGACAAUUGUAAGUCCUCCUCUAUAGAUUUAGAUCAAGACAGCUAAGAAUCGAAAUAGCAGAAACCAACUUGAAUAACCAAGAUAAUUUUUCACCUCAAUGUGUUCUUGAUUUCAUUUAGGAGCAUUAAGAUGUGCUGAAAGUUAUUAACUCUACAUAUAUAUUUGAAUAACAUUAUUUUACAGUUAUCAAUAAAUAUCCUGAAUAACAUAGUCUUUUUUUAAGGUUUAAAAUGUUUCAUUAUUUCAUGCUGUUUGACAAAAUAAUAUAGGAACCCCCUGAUUACAGUUUAUUUCAGAAACAUGAUCAAUUCUAUAUGUUAUUUCCAAUCAAGCUGAUGUUAACCAUAGGUAAAGUCUGAAACUCAAACUCUCCUAAAAUUUAAGAGCAGGAGUUCCCUGACACCUGGGAAUGCACUUGUGUUUUAUCUCUGUGAGGGACCUGGGACACAAGUUGAAAGUGCUCAUCUUUCUUGUCUCUGAUGCAGUGUUUCAUGAAUCUAGACUUAAAUUUCCAAAGUCUGGGACCCAGGACUCAAGGUAAUAAAACUAAGAUAGCUUGAGUUACCCAGCUCUGCAGGUGAGGAAUCAGGUUUGGAUGUGGCACUCACUUAGACCCCAUCUUAAACGUUCCAUUAUACAUUCCCUAUAUUCCUUCAUUUAGACACAGAUUUGAAACACAUUUGGGUGGUUUUCUUAUGUUAUCUUGAGACAGGUUUUUUUGUACAACAAACAAAGUCCUGGACAGACUGUGUCAGCUUUGGUGCUUCAUAUAUUACGUUAAUGGAGUGCUCAGACUUUUUGUAUUGUGGAGUUCUGAGUCUUACAAAAUGCUUUG